CAACUCAAUUUCCAUUGAAGCUCUCAACAGAGCUUUCUCCUUCUUCUUCUUUUUCUUCCUCAACAAAUCCAACCCCAAAGUUCCACCAUUUUCACCUGAAGAAACUAAAAUGUCAACAUCCCAACCAUCUUCAUCAUCAAAGAAACAAACCCUUUUCAUAACUUCCCUCGUCAUCCUCUGGUAUUCAUCCAACAUUGGUGUUCUACUCUUGAACAAGUUCCUGCUUUCCAACUAUGGCUUCAGAUUCCCAAUCUUCCUCACAAUGUGUCACAUGGCUGCCUGUGCCCUACUCAGCUACAUCUCCAUUGUUUUCUUGAAGGUUGUGCCUCUCCAGCAUGUCAAAUCUAGGUCCCAGUUCCUCAAGAUUGCAACUUUGAGCAUUGUCUUUUGUGGGUCUGUUGUUGGGGGCAACAUUUCUCUCAGGUACCUCCCUGUGUCCUUCAAUCAGGCUGUCGGAGCCACCACGCCGUUUUUCACCGCCUUGUUUGCCUACUUGAUGACCCUCAAGAGGGAGGCUUGGCUUACCUACGCUGCUCUUGUGCCUGUUGUUACUGGUGUGAUUAUUGCAAGUGGGGGUGAGCCUGGUUUUCACUGGUUUGGAUUCAUCAUGUGCAUUAGUGCAACUGCUGCAAGGGCCUUCAAGUCUGUUCUUCAGGGCAUCCUGCUUUCUUCUGAAGGAGAAAAGUUAAACUCAAUGAAUUUGCUGCUCUACAUGUCACCAAUUGCAGUUCUAGCUUUAUUGCCCGCAGCAAUUGUAAUGGAGCCAAAUGUACUAGAAGAGACCUUAUCUCUUGGGAGACAACACAAAUUAAUGUGGCUGCUUCUCUUUGUUAAUUCAACAUUGGCGUAUUCAGCUAAUUUGUCAAACUUCUUGGUCACAAAACAUACUAGUGCGCUAACACUCCAGGUAUUAGGCAAUGCAAAAGGUGCUGUAGCAGUUGUUAUCUCAAUACUUAUCUUCAGAAACCCUGUCACCUUCACAGGCAUUGCUGGGUACACAAUGACUGUCCUUGGGGUUGUUGCGUAUGGAGAAGCUAAACGGAGGUUUAGAUGAAUGAUACAUGCAUUUUUUUACCAAUUUUUCCUUUUCACUUACCAGAGAAUUUUUUGCUUUCUUGGAUCCAGUUCAUGAAGCCAGAAUAUUCUCAGUGAGUAGUGUUUUUGUACUUCUUUUAGAGUGAGAGUUGAUAAUUUAUUUGGGGGUAUUUUAUGUGUCAUGUAUACAAGCAAGCAUAUUGCUGCAAUUUACACCUAUCCGUUGUUCUGAUGUAUUUGGGACAUCUUGUUGUAGCUGAAUCAGUUCUUUCUAUUUUUUAGUACAUCAGAUUAUUGGAUCAU